CCCCGCCCCGCGCCGGCGCGCACGCGGCCAUGGCGGAGCCCGAGCUGCAGCAGGUGGCGCGGCGGAUCCGCAGCUUCCCCGACUUCCCGGUGCCCGGCGUGCUGUUCAGGGACAUCUCGCCGCUGCUCAAGGACCCCGACUCCUUCCGCGCCGCCAUCCGCCUCCUGGCCCGGCACCUGCAGGCCGCGCACCCGGGCGGCAUAGACUACAUCGCAGGCCUGGACUCCCGAGGCUUCCUGUUUGGCCCCUCGCUCGCCCAGGAGCUGGGCCUGGGCUGUGUGCUCGUCCGCAAGCGCGGGAAGCUGCCGGGCCCCACCGUGUCUGUGGCCUACGCGCUGGAGUACGGCCAGGCCGAGCUGGAGAUCCAGAGCGACGCCCUGGAGCCGGGACAGAAGGUGGUCAUCGUGGACGACCUGCUGGCCACGGGCGGGACCAUGCGAGCGGCCUGUGAGCUGCUGGGCCGGCUGCAGGCUGAGGUGCUGGAGUGCGUGAGCCUGGUGGAGCUGACGGCGCUGCAGGGCCGCGAGAGGCUGCGGCCGGUGCCCGUGUUCUCCCUGCUGCAGUACGACUGAGGACCUGGCUGCCCCCCCAGCCGUCUCUACCCCUCAAGGAGGUUCCCAAGUGCCCCUGGGUUGGGCGCCCCGGGCCCUUCCUGCUGGUUCUGGAAGUGCCAAAGCCUGGGGCCUGGCCCAGCCCAGCAGACAGCAGGGGCCCUGUGACCAUUUCCCGCUGUCCCGGGGCCUGCAGGGCAGAGGCGUCCACCCAGGCCCUGCCCACAGCCGCCGCAGCCCUGUGGGGCGAGGGCUCGGACACCUCACGCUUCGGCUCUGGACCUUGGAGCCCAGGACUGCCCCACCCCCAUCCACCCAGGGCAGGGCGGCCCCUGGGCCCCGGGGGCAGGCAGGGACUUUGCUAUCUGAGGUCUGAAGUUUUUAUUUACAUAUAACUCAAGCUCUGUAAAAAGCCACUGAAAUGCAAAGCUGAGUCCGUAGAAGCCUUAAGCACCCAGAGUUUUAAACGAUUAAAAAUGAGGUCUACUGGA